UUACCAAGUAAGGAGAUGGCCAACCACCCAAAGCUCUCUAGUAGGGGGAUCGUCAUGGGCUUCCCUUCGAAGGAGUAUUUGGUGGUGCCGAAGCCGGUUGUGCUCUUCUUCCUCUUCCUCGGCUAUAUUAAAUUUGCCAUCUUGAUGGCCCUCUACUGCCUUGGCCUCUAUGACUCACUCGAGCCGCUCAUCUCUCCUUUGGAAGAGUUUGAGUUCUACUUCUUAGAUGGUAUUGAAGUUUCACCAUUGACGAAGCCUACUUUUGAGGCCAAGAAGCAGCUAAAGGUGGUGGAAUUCGUUAGCGUUGCGCAUAAGUACCACGUGGAAGAAGAUGAGUAUGAUGACCAUGAUAAGGGGCCAACAUGUGUUGUUUGCCUAGGCAAUUUGGAGGCGAAGCAGAAGGUUCGAGAGCUCAAGAAUUGUAUCCAUGUCUUCCACGUGGAGUGCAUCGAUAGAUGGAUGGAUGCCGGUCAACUAAAUUGCCCUUUGUGCAGGGCAGAUCUAUUGCCUACUAUCUCAAAGGAUGGCAAAUGGGGAAGCUUCCUUCAUAGUUGGGGGAGUCGGGAGUGAGAUUUUUUAAAAUUUAUUUCUACUUAAUUAUCAAAUUAACCUUUUUUUAAUAUAUAUUUAAGAAAAACAUGUUCGAUAGAUAUAUUCAUUCAUCAACAGAGUUGGGUGGAGGGUUACUUGUGAUGAAAAAGAAGUUCCGGUGUUACUUGUCCAGAUACUUUGUAUUUGGACUUGGGGUCAAUGCAGGUAGUUGAGAUUGAAAUGUGUUUGACAGCAAGGGAGAAGGACAAAGGAAAGAAGGAAGGAAUUUGUCGCGACUCGCGGGUAGGAGCCUGUAGCCGUUCUAUAUGUGACUUCGAAUGUAACAGGGAGCUCAAGCGCGUCUAAGGGUUGUUCUUUGUCUUUGUCUUUGUCAUUGUUGGCUUAAUGGAGAAUUUUGCUUUGGAGGAAAGAAAACUCGUUCGCAAGGAGAAGCGACGGAAGAAUAACGUGAAGCCAUUUGUUGUUUCCGUCACCUUGUAGUGUCCGUCACCUUGUAGUGUCGAAUGUGAUGCACAACAACAAACAAAGAAAAAAAAAAUCCUAUAUUUAGCAACGGAUUUAUUCCGUCGCUUAUGUAAUUAGCAACGGAGUAUAUUUUAUCGUUUAGAUUUUUAUCGCUAA